AUGUCUAUGCGAGUGGAGAGAUCAUCUCUUGAACAAGUCGACGAGCACUUCCAGAUUUUAAAGAUGCAGAAAACGCCAGGAACUUUCACCGCACAAGUUAAUACUUCUGAGAGAACAAGGCAAGUGCACCACAACCAAAGCUACAAAGCUGACUCACUUUUGGUGCCUUCUCUUUCAUCGUUGAAGGACUGA